AUGGCGGAAGCCGACCCUCUUUCGGUUGCUAUGACGCGUUUUGGCUAUCCGGCAGGGCAGCUUCCAGCGCCCACCGCCAUUUAUGCACGGAGAGAAGCCUUGAUUGCGGAAAUUCGCAACAAGCUCGUAGAAGGCGAGGUAGCCCUCCAACAGCAGCUCUCGCGUCAGCAAGAGCAGCUGGAAGCGCUUCAAAAACAGCAAAAUGCGCGUUUCAGGCUUGCCCUGGAUUGUCAGGUGAAGGCAGAUGAAUACAGCUUGAGCAAACGACAUAAUGAGCAGCUCAUGCAAUUGCAGCAGAGGGCCCAAGCAAGGCGAGCGCAGCUGGAGCAGCAGGCUACCAGCUUGGUCCUGGAAUUCCAGCAGCGAAAGCUUCAAGAGGAGUUCUUGCUGCAGCAGAAGGAGAUUCAGAGACAGCACGAGCAAGAACAAAGCAGGAGAUUCAGCUCAGCCGUUUCUUUUGCCAAGUUCCCUUCUGUCACAAAGCGUCGCAAGAUGCAGGGUCUUGGUGAACGGGGGCCCAAACAAAGUGGUGUGGCGAAGUGCCCUGACAGUCCUGUGAAUGAAGUCUUUUAG